GGUCUAAUGAGACAAUAUCCCAUCCUUCAAAUUUUACUUAGGCCGCUGUUUGGCCCAUAGAAAGAACAAACGGACAAACAGAGGGAAGAUAAUGGGGCGACGUUUAAGUGUAAAGUUGACAUUAGACAAUAAGACAAAAUUCAGAUCACCGAACUUGAUCUCUCAGCAAUCAACGAAGUACGAUGUCAAACGCAGAGAGCAGUUUCAAAAGUUCGAGAUGGUCUCUAAAGGGAAUGACUGCUCUUGUGACUGGCGGCACACGUGGAAUUGGGCAUGCAGUAGUGGAGGAACUGGCUGGGUUUGGUGCUUCUAUACACACCUGCGCAAGAAACGAAACUGAGCUCAAUAAAUACUUACAAGACUGGCGAAGUAAAGGGUUUGUGGUUACAGGGUCAGUUUGUGAUGCAGCAGUUUCUGCUCAGAGAGUGAAGCUGAUGGAAGAAGUUGGCUCCAUUUUUAAUGGCAGACUCAACAUACUUGUAAACAAUGUUGGGACAAAUGUCAAAAAACCAACUAUGGAGUACUCUGCCGAAGAAUUUUCAAAGAUAAUGACUACCAACUUUGAAUCGGCAUACCAUCUGUGCCAACUUGCACAUCCUCUUCUAAAAGCAUCUGGAUCAGGGAGUAUUGUGUUCAUUUCCUCUGUUGCUGGUGUUGUGCAUAUACUUACUGGAUCCAUUUAUGGAGCCACUAAAGGUGCAAUGAAUCAACUUACAAAAAAUCUGGCUUGUGAGUGGGCAAAGGACAAUAUCAGGGCAAACAGUGUUGCUCCCUGGUACAUCAAAACCUCGCUGGUACAACAUGUGCUUAAAGAUGAAGAGUUCGUGGAAAAGAUAGUUGCUCGAACUCCUCUUGAACGCAUUGGAGAACCGGAGGAAGUUGCAUCGCUGGUGGCAUACCUUUGUCUACCUGCUGCGUCUUACAUCACUGGACAGAUUAUUUCUGUUGAUGGUGGAUUCAGUGUAAAUGGUUUUAACCCUAGAUUUUAGACUAAAUGAGAAAAUUAGACAUUUCGGUUACUCUCAGUGCAGAAGUUCCUCGACUAUUCAGCACGAAUAACUUGUCCCUAGCGUUUUAUAUAUUGACGAUGCUCAAAAAGGCCGAAAGGCCAUAUCUGAAAUGUCUUGUGUCAUUGUUCUUGAGAAACCUGUUCUCCCUUACAGAACUUCACUCUCUAUAGAGAUUUUAACUUGCUUUGAUUUAGAGAUCAA